GUGGUUACGUUACGGCUCGUAAAGUGUCAAAAAUUAACACGUUAGCAUAGUUGACGUAUGAAUUUUAAUAGCACAGUUAACAUUACGGUCAGAUUCAGGGAAAUCGUGAUGAACCAGUGUGAGAUUAGCGCUCACUUAGCCAGUUAGCAGCUGCCCGUUCUUACCUGGCCGCAGCAACAUUAGCCUCGUCUGCUAAGCACAGCUACACGAAGGACUCAACGGAGGUAUGUGGAAGAGGAGGGGGAGGAGCAGGAGCAGAGAGCCGUUCCUGCCCCGGCUCCUGCCGCGGAACAACCCCAUCAUUGUUCCCUUCGUGUCGUCGUUAAGUCGUGGACUUCUCAGUGAGGACACACGGCACUUUCCACAGGUCUCCUAAGGAUCUACCCCAGCCUCUAGUGAAGACAGAGUAGAUCUUUGGAUGCAGUUUUUUUAUUGGCUUCUGUACUUUGGGCUGUUGCCAAAAGCCUCUGUUGGCGAAGACAGGGACCAAAAGGUCAAAAAUGACAACAAGCUGGUUCUCAACAAGCUAUUGGCCAAGGACCACACCUGGGUGGCCAGUAACUGCAAGCACCUGGUGGGUCUCCUGCGUCAGAAGAAUGUGGUCAUUAAGAAGUUGGCCAUAGCUGCAAAUGCAGUCGGAAAAGACGAGACUCUUUCUGAACCGGAGAGACAUUUCCAGGUCCACACAUUGGAGGUGUUCCAGAAAGAGCUAAAUGAGAGUGAGCACCUGGUUUUUCAGGCGAUGCACAGCCUGCAUAGGGCGCUACAGGGGGACUAUAGGGAUGUGGUGAACAUGAAGGAGAGCAGCAGGCAGCGGCUGGAGGCCCUCAGGGAGGCGGCCAUAAAGGAGGAGCAGGAGUACAUGGAGCUGGUGGCUGCGGAGAAGCACCAGCAGGAGGCAGCUAAGAGCGCUCUGGCCCAGAACACGAGUCUGUCUGUGGUGGACGAAAUCCUGGAGGAGAUCAGGAAAGCCGCCGACCGACUGGAGGAGGCGAUCGAGGAGCAUGUCUUUGACAACAACAGAGAGAUGGAGGGAGUGAAUGUAGAAGCAGUGCUGAGGGUGGAGGACGACGACGAGGGCACAGGGAAGAGGGGCAACAAGUCCGGGGUGAAGGAAGUGGAGGACGAUCUGGGACUGAGCAUGCUGAUCGACUCACAGAACAACCAGUAUGUUCUGGCCAAACCCAGAGACUCCACCAUGCCCAGAGUGGACCCCCACCUCAUCAAGGACUUGGUGUCAGUGGUGAUGAUGUCACUUCCCUGUGGAUGGAUCUGUACUCUACUCAGUCUUCCACCAAUGCUGGGCUACAUCAUCUGCGGAGUCCUGCUCGGUCCUUCUGGUCUGAACACCAUUAAGUCUAUGGUUCAGGUGGAGACUUUGGGGGAGCUGGGCGUGUUCUUCACUCUUUUCGUUGUUGGAUUGGAGUUCUCACCAGAUCGAAUUCGAAAGAUAUGGAAGACAUCAGUCCAGGGAUCUUGUUACCUGACUCUGCUCAUGGUCGGAGCUGGUCUGUUGUGGGGACAGGUGUUGAGUAUUCGUCCCACCCAGACCGUCUUCAUCUCCACCUGUCUGUCCCUGUCCAGCACUCCACUCGUGUCCCGCUUUGUAGCCGGCAGUAGCAGAGGGGAGAGGGAAGGUGAGUUAGACUACAGUAUUGUUCUUCUUGGGAUGCUGGUGAUGCAGGACGUUCAGCUCAGCCUCUUCAUUGCUGCUAUGCCGACUCUGAUCCUGGCCCAGAGUGGAGACUCCGACAGAUGGAUCAUCAGAACGGUGAUGAGAAGCAAUGAAUCUGACGAUUGGCAGCAAAAUGACUUCCUGUUUGGGAGUCUGCGUGUGCUGUUCCUCCUGGUCCAGAUCCUGGUUUCUCUGGCUGCGGUGAUGUUGCUGUGUUUGCUGCUGAAAUCCUCUGUGAUUGGACCGCUCUACAGAAAACUGCACACCGAGAGCAAGGGCAACAAGGAGAUACUGGUGCUGGGGACCACUGCUUUUGUCUUCUUCAUGCUAACGGUGACGGACUUUCUGUACGUUUCUAUGGAGCUGGGCUGUUUCCUGGCCGGGGCUCUGCUGUCCACACAGGGACACACCAACACCGCAGAGGUCAUGGGGUGCAUCGAGCCAAUCAGGGACUUCCUGGCCAUCAUCUUCUUUGCCUCUAUUGGUUUCCACGUGUUCCCGUCGUUCGUGUUGUAUGAACUUUCCAUCCUGGUGGCGCUGACGCUCACCCUCGUAAUUAUGAAGUUUUUCAUGGCUGCCCUGGUGCUGACCUUCAUCCUGCCUCGGGGGUCUCGACACAUACGGUGGGUUGUAUCAGCUGGUCUGGCUCAGGUCAGCGAGUUCUCAUUUGUCCUGGGCAGCCGUGCACGUCGAGCGGGGAUCCUUUCUAGAGAGGUCUACCUGCUGGUUCUCAGUGUCACCACCCUCAGUUUGCUGCUGGCUCCGUUUCUGUGGAGAGCGACGAGACACAGACUGUUUCCACGGUGACGGUCCAACGCCCAGGUGUUAGCUGUUAUACAGCUGUCAGCAACAUCCGGAGCAGCUCACAGUAACUCCGGUCCAGUCCGAUGUCUGCAGGACGUCUCCUCUGGUCCUCUCCUAGUUCUUCUGUAUUUAACCAGAUUCUGUGUUUCAGGGAGGUUAGAAUUGUUAGCUGUUCUGUAGCUUGAGGUUCUGGAGAAAUGCCUUCACUGCUGUAGAUCCUGGACACAGAGGUCGUCUUUAGACCUGAGGUCACUGAACAACAGAAUGAAGUCCUGACCUUGGAGUUCCUGAAGAUCAUGAGUUGUUGUUUUUCCACAUUUUUAUUUAAUAACUUAUUCAGAAUGUCUUACUGUUGUGGUAGUAGAGGUCUGUAAAAGAGCUUUAGGGAAAAACAAAGACAGAAUGUAGGCAACAUUAACGGGGAAAAUUAAAUUCACAUUUCAGCUUUCUAUUGACUAAGUCAUGAGAGUCUUAUUUUAAUGGUGUUUUUCUAUUCUCCAUUAUUCAUUCAGGAGUGUUUUAUGACUUCACGAUACACGCACUGUUUGGUAUUCUAUUGUUAAUUUAGGUUUACUUCACAAUUGUAAUGGUAUUAAAACUGAACUUGAAUUUCAACUCAACUAAAUGAAGACAUGAAGUGUGUGUUAGUGAACAGAGAGAGAGAGAGAGAGAGAGAGACAUGAAGUUUGUUAAGCACGUGUUUUGUUGGCUGUUGUUUUUUUUUUUUCAUUUGUGACUAAUGUUUACAUGAGUGUGUAGUUGUGUUGACUGUUUGGAUUAAAUAUGUCCCUGUCAUGGUUUAAAUCAUUAAUAAG